CUGCUGGACGGAGGCAUGUUCUCACCAUCCUCCCCACCCACCGGGCUGCUAGAGAAGGUCUUCCAAUACAUCGAUCUCCAUCAGGAUGAAUUUGUACAGACGCUGAAGGAGUGGGUGGCGGUCGAGAGCGACUCGGUUCAGCCCACGCUGCGCCUCCGACAAGAGCUGCUCAGGAUGAUGGGCCUGGCUGCAGACCGGCUCCGGCACCUGGGAGCCCACGUGGACUUGGUGGACGCGGGUUUUCAGCAGCUGCCUGAUGGUCAGAGCCUCCCGAUAGCCCCCAUCAUCCUGGCCGAACUGGGGAGUGAUCCCAAGAAGCCCACCGUGUGCUUCUACGGCCACUUGGACGUGCAGCCUGCCAGACAGGAGGAUGGGUGGGUCACGGACCCUCACACGCUGACGGAGGUGGACGGAAAAUUGUAUGGCCGAGGAACGACAGACAACAAAGGCCCUGUUUUAGCGUGGAUCAACGCUGUGAGCACAUUCAGAGCCCUGGACGAGGAUCUGCCCGUGAACGUCAAAUUUAUCAUCGAGGGGAUGGAGGAGGCUGGUUCUCUUGCCCUGGAGGAACUUGUCCAGAAAGAGAAGGCCGGGUUCUUCUCAAGCGUAGACUACAUCGUGAUUUCAGACAACCUGUGGAUCAGCCAGAGGACGCCCGCGCUCACGUAUGGGACGCGAGGGAACAGCUACUUCACGGUGGAGGUGAAGUGCAGAGACCAGGACUUCCACUCGGGGACCUUUGGUGGAAUCCUUAACGAACCGAUGGCAGAUCUGGUCGCUCUUCUUGGCAGCCUGGUAGACUCUUCUGGUCGAAUUCUGAUCCCUGGAAUCUAUGACCACGUGGCUCCUGUUACAGAGGAGGAAAAGAGAACGUAUAAAGCCAUCGAUCUGGACCUCGAGGAGUACCAGAACAGCAGCCAGGUUAAGAAAUUUCUGUUUGACACCAAGGAGGAACUUCUAAUGCGCCUGUGGAGAUACCCAUCUCUUUCUAUUCAUGGGAUCGAGGGCGCGUUCCAUGAGCCUGGAGCCAAAACAGUCAUCCCUGGCCGAGUGAAAGGAAAAUUUUCAAUCCGUCUAGUCCCUCACAUGAAUCUGUCUGUGGUGGAGAAGCAGGUGAAGCAGCAUCUUGACUCUAUAUUCUCCAAAAGAAAUAGCUCCAACCAGAUGACUGUAUCUAUGACACUAGGACUACACCCGUGGAUUGCAAAUAUUAGAGAUAAUCAGUAUCUUGCGGCAAAAAGAGCCAUCAAAACAGUGUUCGGGACAGAGCCAGACAUGAUCCGAGAUGGAUCAACCAUACCCGUUGCCAAAAUAUUCCAGGAUACCAUCCAGAAGAGUGUGAUGAUGCUCCCGCUGGGCGCUGUUGACGACGGAGAGCACUCUCAGAAUGAGAAAAUCAACAGGUGGAAUUACAUAGAGGGAUCCAAAGUAUUUGCUGCCUUUUUCCUAGAGAUGGCUAAGCUGCAUUAA